AUGUCAGAUUACAACACAACCAAAUACACCAACCCCUCCACCUUCAUCCUGCUAGGCAUUCCAGGCCUGGAAGGAAAGCAUGUUUGGAUCUCCAUCCCCUUCUGUGCCUUGUACGCCAUCGCCGUCUUCGGGAACUUCACCAUCCUGUUCGUUGUUAAGGUAGAGCCGAGCCUCCAUGAGCCCAUGUACUAUUUCCUCUGCAUGCUGGCUGUCACCGACCUGGUCCUGUCCACCUCCAUCGUGCCCAAAACUCUGAGCAUCUUCUGGUUCAAUUCCAGGGAGAUCCAUUUCAGUGCCUGCCUCAUCCAGAUGUUCUUCAUUCACUGCUUCAUAGCAGUCGAGUCUGGGAUCCUCGUGGCUAUGGCUGGGGAUCGCUAUGUGGCCAUCUGCCAUCCCCUGAGACAUUCCACCAUCCUAACAAACCACAUGGUGGCCAAGCUUGGCCUGGCCGUGGCUCUGCGCAGCAGCACGCUCAUUAUGCCCAGUGUUCUUCUGGCAAGUCAGUGGUCAUAUUGUCAAACCAACAUCAUCCCCCACUCCUACUGCGAGCACCUGACCGUGGUGAAGCUGGCCUGCGCUGACAUCGGCGUCAGUUCUUACUACGGCCUUUCUGUGUUAUUCUUUGUGACGGGUCUGGAUGUGUUUUGUAUCGUUUUGUCCUAUACCCAGAUUUCCAGGGCCAUCUUCAACCUCCCUACAAAGGGUACUAAGCGCAAGACUUUGGGGACCUGCGGCUCUCACCUUUGCGCCAUCUUAGCCUUUUACAUCCCAGGUGUGUUCUCCUUACUCACGCACCGAUUUGGCCACAAUGUGCCUCAGCAUUUCCAUGUUCUUGUUUCUAAUGUGUACCUCCUGGUGCCCCCCAUGUUAAAUCCUCUCAUCUAUGGGGCGAGGACCAAACAGAUCCGGGACAGGCUGCUCCGUCUCCUGAGUAGCUGGACUUUUUUCCCUGAAGCACCUAUUGGACAGUCAAAGGCUCAUUAA